AUGGCCACCAAACAUCCACCCAACUCUCACACAGACACACAGUCACUCUAUUCACAUCAAACCCACAUACUUCUCUCACAGAACACCACUCUUGCUCUCUCUCUUCACAUUUCUACACAUUUCCUCAUGGACACGGUGCAGGCCUUGAUCAGGCUCCAUGAGAGAGAAAGGAACUUGUUUCUUCGGAUGAGAGAGAUGGGCUUGGGUGUGGAAGUGGCAAAGAAGAUCAUAGCCUUCUGGUUAUGGUUGGAAUCAGAAGGCCUUAAUGGCCUCAUGAAGAUGAUUAGUUUUCACGAUGAUAAAGUGUUGGCUCUUGUUUGCCUUGAGGCUGAAGUUGCACUGGCUUCCAUCCAAGCCGACGCGGCGGUGCCGUCCACCUCCACCGUACGCCUCCCCCUCACUCUCCACCUCGCCCACCACAAUUCAUUUCCUCUGGAAGACACCUUUUCCUACAGAGAGAGGGCUUCAAGUGCAAUUUCUCACCUCUUCAAUGGAGUUUGUGGGAUGAUUUUUGAGGACUUGUUAAGAGAGAGAAAGGGCAAAGCAAAAGAAGGGGGUGGUAGUGGAUUAGCGGGGAUUAUUCAGAAAUGGGUCAAGACAGUUGGAGAGGGUACCGGCAGAGAAGGGACGGUGGUUCGUGGUGGCGCUGGCUUGUUGGGCUCCAGACCAGAAUACAGGAAGAAGAAGACAGAAUUGCCAUCUUUUGUGUCUAAACUGAACCCAUUUGCAGAGGAGUGGAGACCACCAUCAGAGGAAGAUCGCAGUUUGUAUAUAACAUUCUCAAAUGGCUUUCCUCUUACUGAGAGUCAGAUUUUCAUGUUCUUCACAAUGCAAUUUGGACCUUGUCUGGAGAAAGUUUAUGUGCAUAGGACAGGAGAUAAUAGACCACCACAGUUUGGCAGAAUUGUCCUGAAGAGAUCUUUCUCACCAGCCCUAAUCCUUCAUGGACAAGAGGAGGUUAGGUUUCUCAUCCUUGGGAGAUCAUUGUGGUGCAAGAGGUUCAGACCCAAGAAGACCGAUGAUGGCUGUGCCAACUUAUAA